UAAAGCCAAAGCGCUCAGAUCAGCCGUGUUCCCUUUCAUGGGAUCAGGGUAAGCCAAUACUAAGCAUUUGGUAGUUAGAAAACUAAAAAUGCCUAACUACAACACAAACUGUAUUGAAAAGCCUGUCGCGACUGCCUUCCAAAACCUUGGACGCUGCAUCGGUAAAUAUCCGUGGUUGUUUUUGAUUGUUCCUCUACUGAUAUCUGGCAUUCUCGGAGGAGGAUUUUACUUCCUCCACCAAGGAGAGGUACAUGACAUCGAAAACCAAUUUACACCCAGAAACGGCCUAGCAAAGGAGGAGAGGGCAUUUGUCAAACAGCAUUUUCCUCACCGCGAAGAAUUUUCUCGCAUGAGGCUCUACACUGAGGGCGUUUACGCGUCGUUAAUUAUAGUGGUUAAGCCUAAUAUACUCACAGUUAAGGCGUUUCAAGAAAUUAUUAAAUUAGAUCUUAGAGUGCAAAGUCUCAAGACUAGUACAAAUUAUACCUAUGCAACCCUGUGUGCUAAGGAGAAAAGCAAAUGUGUCUCGAGCGAGGUUUUAGAUAUUGUAAACUACGAUUCGAGCAACAUUGAAAAUUUGACGCUAAAUUACCCUUAUCAUGAAACAAGGACGUACUUGGGAGCAGUUGUAGGCGGCGUGAAAUACAGACAAGAGACCAAGAGAAUAGAAACCGCCAAUGCAAUAAGACUGUUCUACUUCCUAAAAGAUGAUAUCGAAAAUGUCACUGACGCCUGGCUGAGUUUGUUCGUUGACACCUUCUCAUCGGAUAAAGAACCUGAACUGGGCUCCAUUUCAGUUUUCACAACGUUGUCAAGGGAACAAGAGCUGAAAAAGAAUGCCAAAAGUGUGACCAAGUUGUUUUCUGUCACAUAUAUUUUGACUAUCACCAUAUCAAUUCUUUCUUGCCUAAGGUUGGACUGUGUGAGGAACAAGGUCACGGUUGCCACGUUUGGGGUGAUUUCUGCAGGACUGUCUGUGCUGUCCAGCUUUGGACUGCUUUUGUAUUGUGGGAUGCCAUUUGCAAUGGCUGUGGCAACCUCCCCGUUUCUGAUUCUUGGUAUUGGUGUGGAUAAUAUGUUCAUCAUGAUCAAAUGCUGGCAGAGGACGAAGGUUCAUGACAAGGUAGAAGAUCGCAUGGCAGAGACGUACAAGGAGGCAGCUGUCUCCAUCACCAUCACCACUCUGACUGAUGCCCUGGCCUUCUACAUUGGCCUCUUGACGCCUUUUCGCUCUGUACAGUCCUUCUGCAUGUACACCGGAACAGCCAUCCUCUUCUGCUACAUCUACAACAUCACGUUCUUCGGUGCCUUUCUGGCACUGAAUGGACAACGAGAGAGAAGCAACAGACACUGGCUGACAUUCAGGAAGGUUGAAAUCCCAGAUAAAGACAAGAAGAGCAAUGCCUGCUCAGUCGGUGGUGCUUAUGAUCCGGACACAGGUGCAGAGGAAGACACGCCCAUCAGUGUCUUCUUCAAAAAGCAUUAUGGACCAUUUUUGACAAAGCGAUGGACCAAGGUCUUUGUUAUUUUACUCUAUUUUGUAUAUGUGUGUGUUAGCAUAUAUGGUUGUUCUCAAAUGAAGGUGGGUAUUGAUCUGGAAAAUGUAGCAGCAGAUGACUCAUACAUAGUUAACUACUAUGAUAAUGAGGAUCACUAUUUCAGGGAGUAUGGCCCAUUUGUUAUGGUAAUUGUGAAAGAUGCAACAUUUCAGUAUUGGAAUAAAGCUGCACGAGAUGAUCUCUUGGCUUGUGUUAGAGAGUUUGAAAAUUCAGACAUGGUGGCCAAAAACAUGACUAUUUCAUGGCUUGAUUAUUUUAUGACAUAUGCACAUGAUGUAAAACUGAAUAUCUCACAGAAGGAACAUUUCAUGAAGUUUUUACCAAGCGCCCUUAAACUGAAAGGUUUCAGUGAAGAUGUUCAUAUUCAAAACGAUAUGAUUGAAGCUUCCCGAAUGUUUGUACCAACAGUUAACAUCAAGACUUCAGUAGAUGAGAAAAACAUCUUGAGUUUUUUUAGAGAGACUGCUAGUAAUUGUAAGUCUAAAAAUGGGGUAGAUUUAAUGGUCUACCACCCUGCCUUCAUUUACUUUGAUCAGUAUGCAGUCAUUGUUAGCAAUACUAUCCAAAAUAUUGGAGUAGCUACUGUGGUGAUGCUUGUAAUUUCUCUUCUGCUGAUGCCAAAUCCUCUUUGUUCUCUGUGGGUGGCCUUUGCCGUUGCCUCUGUAAUAGUGGGUGUAGCUGGUUUCAUGGCUUUGUGGGAUGUCAAUCUAGACCCCAUCUCUAUGAUCAACCUGGUAAUCUGCAUUGGCUUUGCUGUGGACUUCUCUGCACAUAUUUCCUAUGCUUUUGUUUCAAGCAAACAGAAAAACGCUAAUGACAAAGCUGUAGAUGCUCUCUAUAACCUUGGGUAUCCAAUAAUCCAGGGAGCUUUAUCCACAAUUGCUGGUGUUAUUGUCCUUUCAGCAGCAAAGAGCUACAUCUUCAGAACCUUCUUUAAGAUCAUGUUUCUGGUGCUCUCAUUCGGGGCACUUCAUGGCAUUGUGUUCAUCCCGGUGUUCCUGACAUUGUUUGGGGUUUUGUGGGGAAAGUGUAAGAAUUGAAAACUCUAAUCCCAUCACGGAAAAUUUGCAAAAAUUACAAACAAUGGAGAUAAUUGUUAAAAUUGGUUGGGGCUGGCAUAAAAUGGAAUGGCAAAAUGUUGAAUGUGUAAAUAUUGAAUGUGUAAAAUCUGAGAUUUGGCGUUUAUUUUUCAUGUUGCUGAUAACUAGUAACUAGUUCUGUAUGUACAACAUUUUCUGAGAUUAACAGGUUUUAUAUGCAGAAUUGCUUGGCUUCAUAACUUGUAAUAAUAAAUUAAUGUUUAAUUGUAAA